CCAGCUGCCUUUGUAAGGAUAUCGCAGUGUUGGGCGGCUGCCGUUGUCCUCUCAGUAAUUCCGAUGAAGCGUUCGUAGGGGACACGCUGAUCUUGUUAGCAGGCUCUUUACGCAGCAGAGGUGGUGUUCAGUGUAAAGGUCGCGUUUUGUAUGAGACCUUGACUUUUUUUUUGUUUUCCUUAGAGCAUAUUUUUAUACACUUGGUUAAGAAUCAUGGUGCUGGGGAAGGUGAAGAGUUUGACAAUAAGCUUUGACUGUCUCAGUAACAGCAAUAUCCCCGUGUAUUCUAGCGGGGAGACAGUCUCAGGAAGGAUCAGUUUAGAAGUUACUGGGGAAAUUAGAGUGAAAGCUCUUAAAUUUCAUGCAAGAGGACAUGCAAAAGUACGUUGGAGCGAAUCUAGAAAUGCUGGAUCCAACACUGCCUAUACACAAAAUUACACCGAAGAAGUAGAGUAUUUUAACCAUAAGGAUGUCCUAGUCGGGCAUGCAAGAGAUGAUGACAAUUCUGAAGAAGGCCUUCACACCAUUCAUUCAGGAAGGCAUGAAUAUGCAUUCAGCUUUGAGCUUCCACAGAUACCACUUGCUACCUCAUUCGAAGGCAGACACGGCAGUGUGCGGUAUUGGGUGAAAGCUGAAUUGCAUAGGCCUUGGCUUCUACCAGUAAAAUUAAAGAAGGAAUUUACAGUCUUUGAACAUAUAGAUAUCAACACUCCUUCGUUACUGUCUCCCCAAGCAGGCACAAAAGAAAAGACUCUGUGUUGUUGGCUUUGUACCUCAGGCCCAAUAUCAUUAAGUGCCAAAAUUGAAAGAAAGGGCUACACCCCAGGUGAAUCAAUUCAGAUCUUUGCUGAGAUUGAGAAUUGCUCUUCCCGUAUGGUGGUGCCAAAGGCAACCAUUUACCAAACGCAGGCAUUCUAUGCCAAAGGGAAAAUGAAGGAAGUCAGACAGCUUGUUGCCAACCUCCGUGGGGAAUCCUUGUCAUCUGGCAAAACACAAACCUGGAAUGGCAAACAGUUGAAAAUUCCACCUGUUUCCCCUUCAAUCCUUGACUGUAGUAUAAUCCGUGUGGAGUAUUCACUGAUGGUAUAUGUUGAUAUUCCAGGAGCUGUGGAUUUAUUCCUUAACUUACCACUGGUCAUUGGUACCAUUCCUCUACAUCCAUUUGGUAGCAGAACAUCAAGCGUCAGCAGCCAGAGUAGCAUGAACAUGAAUUGGCUUGGUCUGACUCUGCCUGAAAGACUAGAAGCACCUCCUAGCUAUGCAGAAGUGGUCACAGAGGAUAAUAGACAGUCUGGCCUUGCACCUGUAGCUGCUUUUGAUGAUUUUCAGAGAGCACUGCAAGGACCAUUAUUUGCAUAUAUCCAGGAGUUUCGUUUUCUGCCUCCUCCCCUAUAUUCAGAAGGCCAAUUCUCUUCAACAUCUUCAUAAUCGACUUGGAUGCAGGACUCGAAGGUAUACUAAGUUUGCUGAUGAUAAUAAAAUGGAAAGAGCUGUUGACUCCCUCAAAGGCAGAGAGGCCCUGCAGAGAGACCUUGACAAAUGAGAGGGCUGGGCAAUCACCAACCGUAUGAAGUUCAACAAAGGCAAGUGCCAGAUUCUGCACCUGGGAAGGGGCAACCCUGGAUGUACAGACAGACUGGGAAACAAGAGGCUGGAGAGCAGCUCUGCAGAAAGGGAACUGGGGAUCCUGGUCGAUGCCAAGUUAAAUAUGAGUCAGCAGUGCCCUGGCAGCCAGGAGGACCAACCAUGUCCUGGGGUGCAUCAGGCACAGCAUCGCCAACCAGUCAAGGGAGUUGCUUGUCCUGCUCUACUCCGCACUGGUGUGGCCUCACCUCAAGUCCUUGGGGCAGUUUUGGGUGCCACAAUAUAAGAAGGAUAUAAAUCUAUUAGAGAGCAUCCAAAGGAGGGCUGCAAAGAUAGUGAAAGGUCUAGAGGGGAGGCCGUAUGAGGCGUGGCUGAGGUCACUUGAUUUGUUCAGCCUGGAGAAGAGGAGACUGAAGGGAGACCUCAUUGUAGUCUACAGCUUCCUCAUGAGAGCAAGUGGAGGAACAGGCACUGAUACUGAUCUCUUCUCUCUGGUGACCAGUGACAGGACCCGAGGGAAUGGCCUGAAGUUGUAUCAUGGGAGGUUUAGGUUGGAUAUUAGGAAAAGGUUCUUCACCCAGAGCGUGAUUGGGCACUGGAACAGGCUCCUCAGGGAAGUGGUCA